AUGGACCACCACACACCCCCUUCGCACGAUCCUGCCCCUUCUGGCCCCCCACCAGCCUGGGAGGCACCCGCACACCAUCACCACCCCAUACAUCACGAUCCACCGCCCGGUCAUCAUGACCCGCCGGGCUAUCACGACGGGCCGGAUGUGCCGCCCCCAUCCUACGACGAUGCUACGAAUCCCCUGCUAGGCGGGGUAGCAGCGCCUACGUACAACUACGGCACGUGGCAAGAGCGCGACGAUUCGUCCGCAGCGAGCACUGAUAUCGAGACAUCAGAGUCCGGGCUGCACGAAUGGGUCGGCCGUGUUGUAAUCAUAAUAUUAUUCGUGGCGAUAAUAUAUGGCUUUUGGUCGCUCUUUGAAAGCCCGCCCGAUGGCUUUAACCACUUUCCGGGCUAUGGCCCUGAUCAUCAUCUUGUCUGA